AUAUCAAACCAGAGACCCAUCAACGACAAUCGUUGAAACAACAGUAAACUGAAAGUUUUCCGAUUACCCCUAAGUACCACUAGGAUUGCCAGUAUUAUUUAUGUAAUUAUUUAAUUAUUGUGAAAACGAAGGAAAGAAAAUGCCACCAUCAGACAUUAUGAAAUUAGAUCUUUACGGGUUACUUGAUGUCACAGUUGAGGCAACAGAAAAAGAGAUUGUCAGUGCCUACAGGAAAAAAGCCAGAAAAUGUCACCCAGAUAAAAAUCCUGAUAAUCCAAAAGCAGCUGAAUUGUUUCAUGAAUUAUCAAAAGCUCUUGAAUUGUUGACAGAUGCAGCUGCUAGAGCAGCCUAUGAUAAAGCUUUAAAAGCCAAGAAAGCUGCAGAAUUACGUCACCGUGAACUUGAUAGUAAGAGAAAAAAACUUAAAGAAGAUUUAGAGGCAAGAGAAGAUUCAGCUGAACAACAGAAUAAAACAGAGGCAGCUGCAAAAAAAAAUCUUGAAGCUGAGAUUGAGAGAUUACGUAAAGAAGGGAAUAAAUUAUUAGAAACGGAACAAGAAUUAUUGAGAGAAUCACUUAAACAGCAAACUGUAGUAACUGUCGAUUCUAGUGAUGAUGAUGAUGUCCCAGUUUCACCAAAAAUAAAGGUCAAAUGGAAGGCUAGAAAAGGCGAUGAAUCAAAUGGUGGAUAUGAUAAAAAUAAUUUAGAAGCAUUGUUUAGUCAGUAUGGCGACGUAGCAUUUGUUUUGGUUUCUGCUAAAAAAUCAGGUUCAGCUAUAAUUGAAUUUGAUAAAAGCCCAUCAAGCAAGUUAUUAGAGGUGGAAUAUGAAGAUGGUCUUCCCCACAAUCCAUUUACAGUCAGCUGGUUAUCAGGGAAACCACAGAAAUCCAAACCUCAUGUAAAUAGGACAUCAAUUAAUCCAGCUGCUGAUGAACAGCCAUACAGUAGUUAUAUUCAUGCAUCAGAGUUUGCUAAACCUGCCAGCACGUCAGAUAAUGAUUUUGAAUCUCUAGUUCUUCGUAAGAUGCGACAAGCUGAGGAGCGUAAAAGAUUAAUAGAACAGAUGCAAAGAGAAGAUGAAGAGGGCUAAUUUUAUAUAUAUUAUUUUUUUAUCUGUACAUUUUGUAAAUAAAGAACUGUUUUUAUUGUAAAUUA